AUGGUAUUGGGGAGAUCUCAUCAAAUGGCGCUGAAUCGGUUUAUGCAAUUGGAAAGGCGUCUGUCGAACGACCCGGGGCGGUGGAACAAAUAUGUGGAGGAGAUCGAGGAGUACUUUUCGCUUGAGCAAAUAGCGCCUGCUGUGGGCAGUGAGAGCAGUCUAAUGAAGCGCACAUCUUCGAAUAUGCAUGUAGCUUCAUGCGUGCUUCCGCACCAUGCGGUCUUCAAGGAGGAACUCCAUUCGAUCAAACAAAGAAUCGUAUUCGAUGCCUCCUCAAGAACUAGUAACGGGAGAUCAUUGAACGAUAUACUUUGUAUCGGACCCACUUUGCAGAACGACAUGUCAUCGGUUAUACUCAACUGGCGGAAAUAUCGUUUUGUUUUCACGGCGGAUAUACAGAAGAUGUAUCGCUGCAUAGAUGUUCACCCAGAAGACGCCCAAUAUCAGCGGAUUUUAUGGCGGGCGGCGGAUGGAGCCAUCAAUGUUUUUGCGUUAUCGACAUUGACCUUUGGGACGGCUUCAGCACCGUUCACAGCUAUCAGAGUUAUUCAACAGCUGGCAAAGGAUGAGCAGCUUUCAUUUCCUAAGGCCAAGGAGGUGCUGAUGAACGAAAUAUAUGUAGACGACAUUCUUUCUGGAGGACAUACUAUAGAGGAGGCAGAGGAUAAGCGGUUGCAGGUAUCGGGUGCUAUAAAAUCCGCACGCAUGGAGUUGCGAAAGUGGGCCAGCAACGAUUCGAGACUUUUGCUCUCGAUUCCGUCAGAGUACCAUUGCACUCAGACCCUGUUAAGUUGGGACACUACAGAUCCCAUAAAGGCUUUAGGAAUGUAUUGGCUGCCAAACAAGGACUGUUUUAAAUACCAGAUCAACUUCGAGAUGCCAGUCAGCUCCACAAAGAGGAUGAUCCUAUCCAGUAUAGCAAGGUUGUUUGACCCGCUGGGUCUCAUUGCGCCGGUCAUCAUCUCGGGAAAACUUAUAUUGAAGGAGGUUACCAUGGCCAAGACAAAGCAGGCAGAUGGCACGCAGACGGUUUUGGGCUGGGACGACGCGGUUCCUGAUAAUAUCGCAGAGCGAUGGCGAGUAUUUCGAGACCACUUACUGAGGAUCGGCGAGAUAAGCAUAGAUCGGUGGAUCCAUUACACCCCAUCUUCAAUAUCCUCAGUGCAGAUGCAUGCAUUUUGCGACGGAUCUUCCACGUCUUAUGCAGCCGCUGUGUACCUAAGAGUAGAGCAUCAGGACGGAAGAUGCUAUACAUCUCUGAUGGCUGCAAAAUCAAAGGUUACUCCCACCAAGCCCCUAACUAUACCUCGAACAGAGUUAAGUGGAGCGGUAUUGGCCAUCAAAUUGGUGAGGUGGCUAACUAUGGCUAAGUUUCUGAGCUCCUUUCUGGUCCAGACUUUCUAUUGGACGGAUGCUACAAUUGUGCUGCACUGGUUGCAUGGAGACGUCAAUAAAUGGAAGACCUUUGUUGCGAAUAGAGUCGCCUUCGUUUUGGAUCAUUCCUCGCCAAUUCAGUGGAGGCACGUUAGCACUACCGAGAAUCCAGCGGAUUGCGCUACACGCGGUCUCACUCCCAUCGAGCUAAAGGACUUCGAUCUGGCGAGGGCCAGAGUGGCUCGUACGCAAUCAAGACUGUUGGCCAUCGACAGAUUUCGGUCAAAUUGGCAUUAA